GGGGCGUCGCUUUGAGGUCCAGGUGGUCUAGGCUGCGUAAAAACGCACCGAACGCACGCCAAAGUCUUACGAAACCAAAUCGUGUAGCGUCAUCCAGCUCCUGGCACCUUUAUGAAUGAGCUGUUUUUCAGAGAGAAGAGGGGGGGGAAAACAACUUGUGGAUUUGGUGCUGGAGGAAAAAAUAAACAAAAGGAGUUGAACGCGCUCGGCUGGUGCGUCGCUGCGAUCUCUCCAGAAGGCGAACAGUUGGACUUCAGCUUCUUUUGCUUUUCUUUUUUUUUUGUUUUCAAAUUUAAGAGCCAAAAUAGACAGUUUUGCUUUCCAGAAGACUGUCUGCUUCAGCGACCAGUGGAGAUAUGUUUAAGAAAACCAAGAGCAAAGUGCUGGUGGAUUAUGCGUCAGAGGAGGACGACAUGUCCUGGCACUAUCAUCACUCCUACAAGGACAAAGACAUAGAAGGAGAGGAAGAGGACGAGGAAGCCGUCACCGCAGCGUCCAAGGAGGCCAAGGUGAAGAAGAUCAUGUCCAAGAAGGAGAGGAGGGAGAAGAAGAUGUUCUCCUCCAAAGAUGACGAACAUUUCUUGUUGACCGGAGUCAAGCUGGCUGAUCGCAGAGGGUCUCACAAGAAAAUCAAGGACGAUGAGAAGGAGAAGGAGAAGAAGGACAAGCCAGAGAAGGGCCACUGUUUCUGGGAGAGUGUAACCAUGACGAUGAGACAAAUCUCACCCGCCAAAAAACUGGAGAAGAUGGAGGGCUGGGAGCCGCCACACUUGGAGAACUUAAACGAGACUGUGACUGAUGAACCGGUGGUGGAGAAGAACCAGAGAGGAGACUUGGCGGUGUCCCUCCCCGACUCCCUAAGCGUCCCAUUGGAACUGGCCUCAUGGGGAGGCCGGGGCUUGGAGGAGGACUCCUCACGCUACGCUAACCUGUCAGACUCCAAGGAUUCCACGGCUGCCGUCAGGUGGACGGCCCGAGCCAAAGUCAAGCUGGCCGGCAUCAGCAGGAUGAGCAGAGGGAUCGUGUCAGAGGGCAUGUGGGAGGGAUUCAAAUAGUAGCCGACUCUCCUUGUCCGUGAAGAUCUGAACCAAAUAUCUGCUUGUUCCGUCGUCAAAUGUUAAAGUCGACACGGUGUUGAGAUGCUGUAGUGAAUCCCUGAAUAUACCACAUGAAGUUUUUUUGUUUGUUUUUUUAGCUUUGAUGUCAAUUUUUAUGAAUGAACUUUUGAUUCACUGGCGUAAAUCUCAACAAAUGAAAGCCUUAAACUACUGUACCAUUUUAACUGUGAUAUCCACUGGCCUGGCAUUUAGAUAUUUGAUAUUGCCAAGAAAUAAGAAGGUUGAUUCUCGUGUAAUUUUUGUGGCUCUCAUAGUGAAACGAUGAAGAAUAUGCAAACCUGCUACUGAAGACUGUUCCUGUUGGUUUUUUCCCUUCUUUUCUGUCUAUGCAGUUACAGCAUCUGAGCGAAGAAUGUCUGAAGCCUUUAAUUUAUAUGUCAGUUAUGGGCUGUGCAAUCAGGAAAUAGUUUGUGAAACACCUUUGGGAUCUAGAAAACCAGCGUGUGUUUGUGCCUAUGUUAGUAUGAGUGCGACAGAAAAAGAUUGGUUGAACCACAGCUGGCUUUACAGAGAUGUCCAGUUUUCCUGUUAUACUGGGACUGAUGCUGUGCUCAUGUCAUCGCGGAGCUAUAAUCAGAAUUGUGACUUGCAAACUGCUUUUGGCAUCCAAAACAUACAGUAAUUAAAAUGCGGCACUUAUUAACAGAGAAGAAAAUAAUCUUCUUCAAUGUGAUUAAACACAAAUUUAAUGGAUAUAUUGUGAAUGCAUAGUAUUUUAAUCCUGAAAAAUGAACGCCUCUGAUAUAAUCAUCUUCUCCAUCUCAUAUGACAUCAACACGGCAAAAUGAAUGCAAAAAAAAAAAAGAUUGUUUGACUCUAAUGCUGAAUAAAAGCCAAACUUUGUAUAUGGAGAUGGUUUCCUGCUCCAAGCACCAAUGAAGUGCCUUGUAUCAAUAAAAUGACAUCUUAUGUUUGCUGUAAAUUUGACCUAAACUGACUACAAUCCUGUCCAGUUUUGGUGCAAAUAGUUGGUCUACCCAGCAUGCACCUGUGCUGCACCAGCUUCCUGGUUUCCAGUUAUAAACCAGCAUCUCAGGAUGACAUUAACAUCACCAGCAGGAGCAGCAGAAGUCUUGUUUAUUUUGUACAUACUAGAUAGAACUGAGUCAGUGGAAAGUGAUUUCAUUCCUACAAUGAUUUAUUUUUUAGGUGAAUAAGAAACUUAAAAUACCCUGCUGUUUGUUUUCUUCUUUUAUUUCCGUUUACUGAAUUUGUUUGAUACUGAAGUCAGAGGUGAACACAGAUGCAGCUCCACUGAUAAGGACACCUGUAUUUACUCACUGAAACGCUGAGUCACAUUUUCUCAACAAUAAAGAUCUUGUCUGACA